AUGGAAACUGGUGCAUUCACUGAGACGGCCUAUGAUAACGAGCCAAGUACAGUCUUAGACUAUCUGAAGAACAAAUACUACGAGAAACCAGACAUAGGAGAGUUCAUCGACUUCAGACGUCCUGCAGAUUACUCGUUUGACAAAAUGACUGAAAAUACAAAGAAGAAUUUCGACCGUUUUGCAGUCUACUACAUCGGAAUCACCGCGUUACUCUACGCCUUGUUUAUUCUAUCGAGUCCAAUGUUCAUUAUACCAUUUGGAUUGAUUGCAACUGCAAUAUAUUUUGUAAACACGCAAACUGUCAUUAAUGGAGUAGAAAUAACAUCAAGACAGGCUAUAAUUGGGUGCCUAGUGGCAAAUGCAGUGCUAUUCCUGUGCUUUAAGUCAUACUUUGCACAUAGGAUAGUUUAUUUCUUCUCAAUCAAUGCAUUGUGUGUGCUAAUGGUUGUAGUUCAUUCUCAAUUUGUGAUGGAAAAGAAUGAUGAAGAAGAUAAACUGUGA